AUGGAGAUUCACGGAAUAGACAAGGCGGAUUUCGCUGCAAUCAUGCAAGAGCCGGUCUCCAGUCCUGAAAGGACAUCAAAACGACAGGCAAUCAAGGCGUUUGCAUCCAAGCUGAAAAGAAGCACUAGCAAGAUAGGAUCUCCAAGCGAGCGGACCCACACUCGGCGUAAGAGCAAACCUUUGGACAUCCCAUCUGUGGUUAUCGAAUCUCAGCCCAACAUCCUUGCGGAAUGGGGCAGCAAACGAUCUUCCGACUUGCCCCGUCCUUCGAGAGACUCGGUCGUUGGACAGUACUAUGUAGGCAACAUUGCGAAACCGUCGCACAAGUCACCCAGGUCGAGCCCAAAGCAAUUGAGCCAUGAGGAUCUCGUCAACUACUUUGCUGGAGCACCCGAAUUUGUUAUCAGGUCACUGCGACCUAGAGUCAGUUAUCGCUGGAAAUUGGAUGAAGAGAGUGGGGAACCACAAGACUUUGUCGAUGUCGGUCACAGUACGUUCAAUGCUGCUACUCUGAGACGAAGAGAGAGGACCAGACAACUUCGCGACUUGGUUGCAGAAGAUGCCGAGAAUCAAAUUCCUAUGAUGGAGGUGCCGAAUAUGCUCAGCUUGAAUGGAAACGAACCUGGGACUAUCGGGCUGGAAUACUUCUUGCAGAUACCACUGGCAGACAGCAAGCGCUCCGCCGAAGACGAAGAUGAGGCUUUCAGGUCCAAAAGGCAAAUGCUGGCUACCUCGCCCGAAAGUCUGGAGCUCAGACCGCUCAAACUGGGAUAUAUGAUCCACAGACUUGGGGAAAUUGGCGAUAGUCGACAUUCUAGAUCCAGUGACGAGUGCCGCGAGCGAAAACACGAUGGACAGACAGCUGAUAAGCUCCACACGGAACUGUUCUCCAACCUGCUCACAGAACCUGAGAGGGAAGAAGACGAUCCGGUCUUCACCAAUCUUGAAGGUCAGGUAGUGGCGCUUGCGAGAGUUCUGGUGACGACUAAACUCUGGUACGACUUCAGCUUGGUGGAACAUCGAAUUCGCCUGGGCCAGAUCUUGUGGCCAUCCACAGACUAUGAUGAUGAAUCAGCAGUCGAUGUCGAGGCACCGACGACACCCAGUGAACGUGAUCUUCUACUUCUACAAAUCGCUCUAGCCUGUGAGCUGUUGAUCCGUGUCGAGCUCUCUGGCUUUCCUACUUCUGGCUUCUCGCGCAAACUAAGAUGGGAUAUUGUUCUCGCACAACGCUUCCUUGACAGCAUCCGCAUUGCACCCAGGACAUCAGUAGAAACAGAGAGUCCGUGCCGCAACAGCGUCAUGUCAAUUGCUACUUUUGUGACAGCAAGGGAAAAUCUGGAUGAACAGCGUAUAGAACCAAUCAUGUUCCCAAGACAUGAGAAGAGACAAGUGGAUGGCUUGCUAAACUUUGCUCAAGCCCUUGCAUGGCCACACACAGAAGAAAUACAAGAACGCUUUGCCGAGAGAGUUAGGAGGCACUCGCGUGACGCAGGCAGAUUUGGCGUCUACGGUGCACCUCUGGGCACGCCGAGUCAAUCGCCCAGUCAGAGCAACUACUUUGCACAACAAAAGAGGCCACAGGUCGGUCGUGCAUGUACAGCACAAUCACUGCAGCUUCUGCCUGCUUCAGCAUAUGGAACCGACAAUUUCGAUCUUGGAGGUUGGCUCUCGAGAUCUUGGCUGACGGGCUUCGUACUGCCUGGCGAAUCCAUAUCACAUCUGCUCAUCUCCACGUUACUGGAAAACUCGCCGGCCGCGGUGACUGCACUGGGCGACGCGGCUAAUCUAUACCAAGGUUUUGUCUACAAAACACGCAGCUACUGGAGUAAGAGCUGUGUCGUAGGGAGAGUCAUUGCAGCCGCCAACGGAGCAACCGACUGCAUGGGCUGGAUAUCCUGCAGCAGUGCGCCUGUAGAUCAACAAGAUGGAUGGGUGAACCUUGAAGUCAAAGACUUGCCCAGCUCCACCACGCCCCGUAUCUCCGACAGCAACAGUCUAUCCGCCGACUCUACAUUUGUGCCCGGCGACAAAACCACAGUCACCGAUGUCGAGUUUACAUGGCCGGUAGAUGGCUUCACAGUCCUAGGAAACGAAGCACGCUACCAUGGCUUCAGUCUACUUCCCACGGGCACCAGUUUCGAGCUCAGUCCCGCUGCACCUUCAGACUCGCUCUCUGACGAUGCAGAAGCUCAUCUAGCACCCAUUCCAACAGCAAUCGCCUCUUUGGAAUUCAGUGCCAAACGCAGCAACUCGCGGCCACUAAAAGUAACACUGCCACUCCUCUACGACGUCCAUUUCGUCUCCUCCACCCCCUGUUUCCCCAACAUCUCACGACCAUCCACACCUUCCGCUACCACAAAACCUCGCUCAAGGUCAGGCACUGGAGCAUUGUCUGUCAAAGAGCUACCACCGCCACCAACGCAUCCUUUGCAUUGCUCUUAUGCCAUUUCCAUCAUUCCCGCGGCUUCCAUCCUCGCCGAUGACUUUACGGAUACAGUGCAUUUGGGAGACGAGACUGUGGUUUUGGAUUGUAGGGGUACGGGCGAGCUGCAAUUGUUGGCGAGGGCUUGGUGUGCCAAGGUUGGUGAAAAUGCUGUGGUGGGCAGGGCGGGGAAGACUUGUUUGGGGUGUUGUGUUAGAGAGGCUAGNGGGUUGGGUGUCAAGGUUGUUAUUAGAGUUUGA